CACGGUGCAAAUGUUAAUAUAUUGGACAAGACAGAGAGGACUCCUUUGUACCACGCAAUGCUACUUUGUAACCCCUUUCUUGUUAAGCUAUUGCUGGAUCACGGUGCUUCCGUUCAAAUAUCAGACAUUGGCCCACGUCUUCUAAAUACUACCAUCAAUGCUCUUAUGCUUCCAAAAGGAUUCUACUUUGAGAGCAAAUUUAUAUCGAUCAUAACCUUAAUUAUCGAAGCCGGUGCUGACACUACCGGCUUGCAUCUAAAUGAAGAAUUUAGAAAGAGGUUUCCAGCACUAGUUAGCGCAUUAACCAGGCCCGCAACUCAAUCUACGAGCAGUGGGAGGAAUGUUAUGUAUCCAUCAUCAGUUAUUUUGGAGGAAGAAGCAAGUAACCUCGAUCAGACGGAUAUCCUUUUAAAGGAAUACAUUGGUAAUCCCGACAACCGACGUAAAAAUAGGCAUUGCAAAGAAAGGCGUUUGAUUCAAAUAAAGCACAAGUAUGGUUAUGGCUUUCCGCUCUCAAAGAGACUACAGUUGGACAACUUGUCAAAUGCUAAUGAAAUAGACGAUCCUUGUACAUCAGCAAAAACGAGUCCACAUGUUCGAUCAUUGAAGUUAUUUGACACCAUAUCUAUCAACGAGCGUGCUGUAGCUGUAAUCCAAGCUUUAUUCGAUUGCUUUGGUAUCAAGUUAUUCAUAUCCGAAUAUUUCUUCGUAAUGGAGUCGGACAGAUAUAUCGAAACAGCGCCUACAAAGUUGGCGAUACAGUUCGAUAAGAUGCAAGGUAUUAUUCGAGAAUCAGGUCGAUUGAUUAUGCAAAUCCCUUCAAAACAAACUGCUUUGUCCAUACCUGCAUGGUACAAAAGUACUCACCCAUAUCUUCGAUUCAUUGACGCUAUGUAUGUAUGUCGAAAGGCGUCCGCUAGCAUUGGUCAAGAAGUAUUUUCAGACAUACUUGGUGGGUCGGAGCGCACACUUGCAGUCGAUUUACAUGCCAUAUUAAUAGCAGGCCUUAGUAUCCUCGCCAUUACUGGAGGCGAUGAAGCUGUUGAUAAGCUAGUCAUGAUCAUUCUUGGCGUAAAGCUGGAUCCUGCACAAAUUACUUCAUCGAAGGAAGCGUCAGGAGACUGGCUUAUCCGAAAUCGUCGCCAGUGUUCUUGUGACAUCGAUUCCGUCCAUCGUCCACUUUCACCAGUAGCCGCUGCGAAAGCCGUUGGGAUAGACAUUUGGCGCGACCGACCUAAGCAAACCCUAAAGCGAGUAUGGGAUUUGCAGCAAGAUAAGCUUGUAAAGGAUAUUGAUGCAACGGACGUCAUGUUUAUCACACACAGAUGGAUUACUGGUGAAGUAGAAUAUCAUGAUGUCGAAAAAAUGAAACGGUGGAAAGGUCAGUCCAUAAGCAGAAGAUCAGAUAAAUUACAUCGCAUCAGAAGAGCCUUACUGAAACAUACAAAAUAUAUCUGGAUCGACACUAUUUGUAUCGAUAAGUCGAAUUUAUCAGAGGUUGAUGAAGCUAUUCGUUCGAUGUAUAAGUGGUAUGCUAGUUGUGCUGCUGUUAUUCUGGAUUCUGGUACUCCUCUACGUGUGUGGUGCAAGAGAGGUUGGUGUCUACAAGAAGGUGCUGCCGCAGGCGUCCUUUGCGGUAUAUCGAAGGAAGGGAAGCUUGUAACAAUUCAAGAAUUAGCCAUUGAGCAGCGCCAGAGCAUCUGUACUCUUGACCUUCAUCUAUAUUAUCGGCCAGGGAAUGCUGCUGAAAUCCUGACAAGAAUGAAUAUUCGAGAGACAACACGCCAUGAAGAUAUCGCUUAUAGUUUGAUAGGUGUAUUUUCUCUUCGAUAUACAUUGGCAUAUGGUGAAGGAAUCAAAUCUCGUGAUAGACUGUUUCAUGCACUAGCCACCCAGAAAGGAGAUCUAUCAUUCUUGAGCUUCCAGACGACUCAAACGAUAUCUCAGAAUUGCUUACCGGCCAUUAGCGAACCCAGCUAUUUGGUGGCAAAGUGCACCAUAGCUCCGGCGCCAAUUACCGUCAGCCAUUUCGGUAUAUGCUUUGAGGUUCAACUUAUCAAAGGGCAAGAAAUAAGUCAGAUACUGCAUAAAUUGCAUCGUUGGAGAACCAUGAGCUUCGCUAAAGGACGAUUCUUAGGUGUGGACGAGUUGAUAGAAGCGGAAAAAAGAUCGAAAGGACAAAGCGCCUCAUCCAUCGAGCUCGCCGUCGUGCACCAUAUCAGAUCUCUUAUGUUAGUGGAAACCUACAACGAUGAGUCGCAGGCAAGUGGUAGACGACCAAUAAAGCUGCGUCAUCGACUCCAAUGCUGCCAAAUAGAAGAAAACGAGUUCAAAAGGCUGUUCGGAAGAGUUGAUGCCGCAGUUGAAAGAAUCUGGCUAGGCGAUCAGUUUGAUGUUGCAGAAGUCGACCAAUUCGAAAGCGGAUGGUCGGGACGUCGUAAAUAAAACAAUGGUAUGAACA